AUGGCUACCCUUCAUACACCACCAUCACAGAAGUCACAGGUACCGCCGCCAGAUACAGCACUGGUCCCUCCCCACACCUCACAAUAUGACUAUCGCACGGGGGAUCUGGAGCUAGGUCGCGAGGCUGUUCUUACUGAUUUGAGAAGGUAUCUGCAGGUCCCAUUCGUUUCCCUAGCGAAGUGUGUUGGUGCCGUGCCUUCUCAGCAGCGUCUGGAGGAGAAGCACGACCACUUAAUUCGGAGCGAGGUUCUCACCAACGACGGCCUGGAAUGGAAGGACUUCAUUCGACCUGCGAAUAUGUCCGAAGAGAUGACGUUCAAGCUUGAGGGAAUCAUCUCUGGAAUCUUGGAACAAGUCCCGGAUUGUGGAGUAUCCUACCUAUCGAAUAUGCUCCUCUCAGAACGCCAUAAUACUUCCCUGCCGGAUGGAUACCUUGUGCGGGCGAAAAAUCGAACUGCAGCCAGGAUGCAUUGGUUCGAUAUCGCUGUACCAUUCGGAUUCAAGAAGGAACGGGAUGCAAAAGCUGUCCGAGACAACGAACACAAGAUGAUCUGGAGCCUUCACAACAUCAUGCGCGAGGACCCCUGUCGUCGGUUUGCCUUCGGUAUCACAAUCGAGGACACGCAGUUGAGAUUGUGGCUCGGCAAUCGUGGAUUCCUCGCAGUCACAGAGCCUAUCAACUGCUUCGAGAACAUCGAUGGUGUGAUCUCUCUCUUUUAUGCUCUUGGAUUUGCGUCUGCGUCUACCUCCUUGAAAGGGCUCGGAUGGGAUCCCACUGUCGAGCGGAUCUAUGUAGGAGGGAAAAUGCAAUACAAGUUCACAGUAGGGGACGAAGUGUUCACCACGACACGGGAACUUGCCACCUACGGCGCGGACUAUAUGGUUGGGCGUGGAACUCGCGUGUACGAAGCCACGGACACUAAAGGGAAGAAGGUUGCCAUCAAAGAUUCGUGGAGAGAAAUUGAUCACCAAUCUGAGGGCGAGAUCGUAGAAAAAAUCUUGGCCUCCUGCGAGAAGAAGCUGGAAGCGAAGGAUUUCGCCGAUGCCAAGAGACACUUCGUUGGAGUCCGGCUCUGGAAGGAUGUCACAAUCGACGGUGCCUCGGAUGAGACGGUGAACCCGGUAGCCGGAGACGAGUAUGAUGGCACCUGGAAGUGGAAACCUAUCGAUCUCAUGCCCAUCCUCCCCGAAAGGCUGCAUUCAUCUGCUACGGGCGACGUACCCGACAGUAGCAAACUAUCUGCCUUCCUUUCCGCACAAUUGGGCAUUGUUGGGCGAAAGGAAACACGAAUCCCACAGAGAGUUCACGCGCGCAUCGUUUUCCAUGAUGUUGGAGUCACUGUCAAGGAUCUAAUCUCUCUGGCCGACAGCCUGAGUUGCUUGUCUGGCGGACUGAAGGGCCUGUAUUAUUUGCAUAAAGCAGGUUGGAUCCAUCGCGAUUUCAGCGUCGGGAACGUGAUAUGGGUCGUCGGUGACAACGGGGGUAUCGGCAAACUGGGUGACUUCGAGUACGCGAAAGAGAUAAAUUCAAACACUUCUCAUGACGAUCAAACGGGAACAAUGCAUUUCAUGGCGAUAGAAGUAGAACAUCAGCAGUACCUUUUCCAAACCCUAGCUCCCGCUCCAACAUAUGGUGAUACAGACGUCCCGUCCCCCCCUCCAUUCCGCAUGAACUUCCUGCACGACAUCGAAUCUGUAUGGUGGGCAUAUGCGUGGAUCUUCUUUUAUCACACGGACACCAUCACGGCGAACUCGAACGAUUCCUUUGAUGUGGAUGCACAGUUGAGACAACAUCAGCUAGCGUUCCCUGGUGCGAUUCGCCAGCCAACACGCCUGACAUUCUUCACUGGCAUCACAAAACUUCGCCACACCUGCAAAUCCAUCCUUUCAGAUAGAUGCUUCAAGGUUUGCGAUAAUCUUGCGCUUUUUGCAUAUACUCUCCAAGCCAGUUAUCUCAAGGCAGAGGCUGAGCACCCCUUGAUUGUGCUCGAUGACUCCCUUCGGGAAGAUAUGCAUGCAAAGCCGCAGAAUAUCUCGAUUAUGCGCAAAAAGAGGCUGGUGAUAUCAAACUUUGUCGGCUCUUCGACCUCCGCAGGCAGAAGAGGCCUCGAGAAGAAGGUGAAACGUCGCCUACGCCAGAUAAUGCAGGGAAGAGGAUCCGAUGCGGUUGAUUAUUCAUUCAAGAUCCCCCCUUGGUAG